AACAAAUAAUAAUUUAUAAUAAUAGCAAAAACUAAAGGAAAAUAUAGGAAAGAAUAGUCAGAAAACAAAAGGGAACAUAUAUAUACAGUCAUACGCACACCUUAUGUAUAUAUACGUUAUAUAAUUAUAUCUACUACACAUGGGAAACUAUUUAUUUAAAUAUGCCAAGGGGAAUAUUAUUUAUGUUGAUGGAAUAUCCUAGAGAUUACUUAUCGGGAUUAUCUCUAUAAAUACUUUAUUUCACAGACAGCGCGAAAAAUUCAGAAUAUAUCAAAAACCGAGAAAUCGGUAUUAUCAAAAAAGGCGCUAUGUAAAAUUAAACGAUGAAUCACUAAUUAAAACAAAUAAAUUAAUAUGUUCAUGCAUCCUAAUGGAUUUCUAUUAUAUUCCUGUUACUUGAUAAGCUCAUAUUUAUUUACUAUCCAGGAAUACCUAUUAAAAUGACUGAGAAUAUUAAUAAUUUUAUGAAUAUAAAUCAUACGAAUUCAUCAAGUGUUGAAUUGUUGUCAGUGAAUAAGUAUGUUGAACUACCAUUAAUGGCAUCCUAUAGUAAUGCAUUUUUAGAAACUAUUGCUGAAGAGACAAGUGAAUUAGAAACUUCAGAAAAUGGUACAUUUAACAAUAUUAGUAACAACAACAUUAAUAGUAAUGAUAUUUUCGAUGUGGAUAGAUUGAGUUUUUGUACUGAGAAUGAUUUAAAAGCAUGUGAUGCGGAUUUAUCCAGUCAGUUUUGUAUAUUUAGAGGAGACAGUAAUAAUAAUAAUAAUGAUAAUAAUAAUACUAAUAAUACUACUACUACUAAUAAUAAUAGUCAGGCUCCUCUGAACACUUUUGAACAUCAAAAUGAAUACUCGCCAAAGACAUUUAUACCUAAUCUGAAUACAUUUUCUAAACCGAAACAGUUUGACUACUAUUCAGAUAAUUCUGUGAAAGAUCAAAGGUUGUUAACAGGUAUGAAAUCAACAAAUCAUCAGUUAUGUGAUUCAUGGACAUUAAAUUUACCUGUCACCCUGGAGGAUAAAAAUAUCUACUUCAUGGAUAAUCGAUCAGGCACUGGACAAUUGAACUCAAUAAAUCCUAUAGUAAAUAAAAAUAGUUUAAUUAAAAAUGUAAACAAUAUGCAGAGUAAUAUCAGUCAGCAGUCUAUAGAUUCUGUAAAUACUGACACCUUCGUGGAAUUAUCUGAAGACUCCAAAGAAAAUCAUAAGAAGAUUACUGAACGUGUGAAAUCACACAUAAUGAAUAAAUCACAAAAAGAGCUUGGUCUGCCACUAUGGAAUGAUGAAAUACUUGAUGAGGAACUAUUGAUCUUAUCAAGUGAUUAUGAUAAAAAUCAGUUAUGCUGGACGUUGACACCAAGUCGAACAAUAAUGACACCACUGUCACCGCCUGGGGAAAAUGAAAUGCUUACUCAUGGAAAUAUUCAUGGGUAUCCAGUCGUAAGUGACACUGGCCACUCAAAGCCUAUUUCAUCAAAUAUUCCAGUAGACGAAUAUUCAGGUAUUUUGUUGAAAAAUAACUUUGUAGCUGAGAAAGCGAUUCCACCUGCAUAUUCAGAGCAUCCAGCUAGAAAUAUAACGUCAACAUUUUUACCAUUUAAUUCUAUACAGAAUACAAGCAAUACAUUCCAAACAUCUGUCGGGAAUUCUGCAAAAUCACAAUGCUUCAGUCGGAAUAUUUAUCCAGUGACAAGUUAUAGUGAAUCCAAUUUUAUGUUGUCAUAUAAACCGAUAGGGGACGACUGUCAAAUGUUUGCUGAUAAGCACCAUAAAAUACAAGCGAAUCAAUGUGCAGAGACAAUUCUCAGCCAAGCCAGGCCUCUUUCAUUUGUACCACACAUAAUACCAACAAACUACAAAAUUUCAGUUCACAAACCCGUAUGCACAGACUGUAUUCCACCGGCUUGUGAUCAGUUAACAAAACCACCAAUGUCGAACUAUCAAUCAAUAAAAUAUUCACAGGAUUUUCAAAACACUCACAAAUACAAUGAACAUUUGGUCAUUUUACAUCCAAGUGUUAAUGGAGGGUAUCCUGCUACAAAUAUACUGAAAUAUCGACCAGAAGAGAAGUCAUUCCAGAAAGGUUUAAAUGAUAAUUCAAAUACUUUAAAUCAGACGCAUCAACCAGUUGUAUUAGACGUUUCCAAUGGUGGUUCUCAGCUAAAUGAUCGUCUUUUAAACCAACCGAAACAAAUGACAAGUAUAUCUACAUUCAAACCGGUAUCUAAAGACUUUUCAUAUACCUUAUCAGCAGCUCACAAUGAUUUUAAUUAUUCAUUUAGUAUCAUUCCUGAAAGCGUUUCUACAAAGUAUUCUAUAGAAGAAACAAAUGUGCCUGUUACAAAAUCCAGCUGUCUUCAAUCAACUUUAUCUUCAUCGUUAAGUCAAGUAAAGAAGACCAAAGAUUGCAUAGCAGAGAGUUUCCCACAACUAUUAUUUGAUGACAAACAAAAGACGAAUGGUAUUGUACCUAGUCAACCCAUAACAUAUCAUCAUGUUAAAAGUCCUGAUUUAAACACUGUUGGCUGUCCAUCGGGUUUUCUGCAUUCCCAAUUCCAAAAUCAUCCUCUUUUCUCUGAUAAUUAUGAAUCAGUUGAAUUUAAAAGACACCUAUCAAGUGUUAAAUCAAUACCGUUCAGUGAUAUUACAAAGCCAGAUAUACUGCUUCACCAAAAUCCAAAAAUUAAUAAUGCAAUAAGUAGUUAUUCUGACGGGAAAUAUCGAGGAAAACAACCCACACCAGUUGAUUCACGACAACAACAGCAGCAGAUGCAACAAAUACUACCACCACAAAUGCAACAAGUUUAUCCAAACAGUUAUAAGACAGCGUUCAACUUUAAAAGUACUGAUUUAUUCCGUCCAUUGCAGAGAUCACCGGCUGUUGUCGGUGUCAGUGAUUUAUUGAUUAAAACUGAUGCAGAAUUAAAUAGUAUAUUGGAAAAGGUAAAACAGCCACCUCCAAAUAUUUCUGCUAGUAAUAAUAGCAGUCUAAAGUUAGAAUCCCAAGAUUUAUUUAGACAGAAAUGUAGCCUAGAGACAACUAGUCUAGACAAAACAACACCAAAUGAUGGAUUGCAUAGUUCUUCAUAUCAAGAGGAUAUAUCACCAGCUCGUCGACGCUUUUUUCCACACUAUUUAACGCGUGAUAUCAAGCUUAAUUAUUCAUCAGGUCUGUCACGAAAAGACAGUGAUGAUAUGGAAGAUGAAGACGAGAAGAGAAGCUUCUAUGAUUAUGGUUGUGACGAUGAAGAAGAUGAAGACAGACUUGAAGAAGAAGAUGCGGACGAGGAGUAUCCUCCUUGUGGUGAAGGUAAUGUAAACACAGGGGAUAAAAUUUUCUGCACUCAUACAAAUAUACAUAGUGCAAGGAAAUCUACUCAUAGCAAAGAUUAUAACAGUAAUAAUGGUAGCAUAAUACAAAGGAUUCGUGAUUUAGAACUGCAGAAUCGUUGGGAAGAUGACUGUAAACAUUCCAUAAACAAAUAUGAUUCUCAAGAUCGACCCGACGAUAUUCACAAGGUAAAUAGUCCCACAGCGGACAAAAGUUUCUCAUCAUUCAAUGAAAACAAGAAUAAUAACAAUUUGCUUAGCAGUUAUGAAUAUGAGGAUAAUGAUAUGCCUUUUAUAGACAGUGAUUCUAUAAUGCUUGAAUUUACACAUUUAAAAGGUUUAUUGCCUAGAAUAGCUGAUUUAGAAGAAAUUACAUUGAGUUCAAGGCGGAGUUCAGAUGGUGGAAGUCCAUGGUUAGGUUUAUCCCAAAUCGACAACAGUACUAGAUUCGAUCAAGAUCGCUCAACAUGUGAAUUGAUCCAAAAGUCAACAGAACAAGAUCAGUCUGGACAUACAAUAACUAGUAGACGGCCACCACGACGCCGGAGACGUGAUUAUCACAGUUAUGACAGUUCAACUCAAUGUAGAAAUAAGCAUAGACAAACAAUGUGGUUUCAAAGGUUAUGUGGUUGUGUACGAGCCUCUAGAUCACACUAGAAAUCAUACACAUACAUUCUUAUUUUUCCUCCUGUCGAAAUCAACUUUUUUUAAUAAAAACGUAAAUCUUUUUUGUCUGUUGUUUUAUUUUGUUUUCCAUUUUUAAUGAAUUUUACUGUAAAUCUUUUUAAAGUUUCUUGUUUGUGUUCACUUCAUUUUGUUUCUAUUGUACAUAGAAUAUAUUACUUUCAUUAUUCCUCAAUAUACUAUCGCAGUAGUAGGGAACUAAGUGUAUCCAGCAUGAUUUCACUUAUUAAUUCACUUGCAAAAACUCAGUCAGUCAGUCACUCAGUAAUAUAUUUUUUCGGACAUGAACAUCAAAACUUUCUGGUUACCUUAUGUUUAUAUCCGUGAUUUUUUUGUUUUUUGUUUUUCUUCUGACUUUCUUUUUCUGUGAGAUGAAAUAAACAUUUUCGUACAUUGACUAAUAAAUUAGUCAAAUAUAACUCAGGUAAGUACAUAGGUUUAAUGAUGAACAUUGAACACAUACAAACAUAUACACAUUUACACACUUACAAACACACACAGACACACGCACAGAUCUAUUCAGACAUCAACAUAUACCAACACCCACAACACAUUAAAACAGUACUUGCCUAUUUCGAUGAUUUUUCUCCUUUCAACUAUGCGAAAGUCAGAGUAAAUUCAUAAAAAAACUUCGUAAUUUUGAUUGUAAAAAUGAAUGUAAUCUUCUUCUCCUCCUCCUUCUCUUUCCCCGUCCCACCACCCCACCAACCCGCAUCAUUCUGCUAGCCUACUCUUCUUUUGUGGCAUUUGAUGACUUUCCUUCUGCAAACCACUUUUUUCCUCUUCAGUUGUAUGUGUAAAGGUAAAUAUGAUUAUACGGAUGACUAUAAAUAAAUAAAAAAAGAACCAAAAUGGAAU